AUAAAAUAAAUUUAAAUUUUUUAAUCAUUAUUAACGCUUGAUAACAAAUAAUCAAGUAAAAAGUACAUAUAAGAAAGAAAUUAAAAAUUUUCACGAAAAUUAAAUAAAGGAAAUUUAUGCUGAAGGAAAAAAUUUAUCCUGUUAAAAAUAUUUUUUGAAAUGUGCGCAUGUUUCUCACCCCUUCCGGUAUAAUCACUAUCCAAUAAAAUAAUAACCAAGUUUUAAUUAAAAUACUUACAAUGCACACUCUCUAUACUUGUAUAAUAUAAAAAAGAUUUUUAAAUUAAAAAAAUCAACAGUUUUUAAGUUCAUUUCAAAGGAUCAUCAUCCAUUCAUUCAUUCUUCCAUUCUUAUAAACUGGAUUUAAUUUAAAAAAGAAAAACAAAACUUUUAAUUUUUUCAAUUCCAAAAAAAAUUCAAUUAUUUUUUUUUAAAAUGUUGUGGCUGCGUUUAGGCAGUUUAUUAUCUUUAAUAGUUAUAAUAUUGGGUAAUGAUGUAUGGCAAAGACCCGGAUGCCAUAAAGUUGGUAAUACAAGAAAAAUAACAAUACCUGAUUGUGUAUCAUUUACGAUAACAACAAAUGCUUGCCGUGGAUUUUGUGAAAGUUAUUCGGUACCAUCAUUACCAUUUGUAGCAUUAAAUUCACUUAAAUCAAUUAAACCAAUUAUUUCAAUUGGACAAUGUUGUAAUAUGAUGGAAUCAGAGCAGAUUGAAAAACGUGUAUAUUGUGUUGAUGGUGAAAGAACAUUAACAUUUAAAUCAGCUGUAAGUUGUAGUUGUUAUCAUUGUAAGAAGAAUUGAUUUCAUGAGAUUUCAAGAGAAUUAAGCAUAAAAUAGAAAGCAUUUGUUUUUAAAUUAUGAGCUCUAACACAACAUCUAUUGUAAGAAGUUCUAAAACUUUCGUUUUUUUAUCUUUCUAAGCCAUACUUUUAAAUAAGCAAAAUUAUUUGAUUAAAAAAA